AUGGUUUCGUGUAUGGGAUCUCUCUGGGUGGCCUUGUCCUUCAUUUUAUCCCUCAUCUUAGGAUUCAGCCUCAUGUCUUCUGCAUGGUUUAAAAAUAAUAACACAUCUUUUGGUGUUUUUGUUCAAUGUAGUGGGGAAAUCAACUCUCCAUGUAAUCAAACUUGUAUAGCUUUUCGAACCUUAGAGGAAAUUCCAGAUGUGUCUUGGAAGAUUUCAGCUGUGAUACUAUUUGCUGGUUGGCUGCUGUUAAGCUUUGGAGCUUUACUUGUUUUGUCAUGGACUGUUAUUCCAGCUGGUCUAUGUCAGAGAAGGGUUUGUACUCCAGCCAGACAUACACAGAUCAUUGCAGUGGUUGUAACAAUUUUUGGGCUGCUCCUUUUUCCUGUGAGUCUUCAUUCUACAUUUGCAAAACAGAUCUGCAACUCAUCUUUGUCUUAUAGAAGUGGUAGCUGCUCACUUGGCUGGGGUUACAUGAUGGCCAUAAUAACAGUGAUGCUCUCUUGCUUUCUUCCCAUCAUUGGCCGUUACAAUAUAAAUGAAAUGAAGACAAAAAUAUUAAGGUCCAAACUAACACGGCGUAUGCUGGUUUGUGAAGAACAUUUGUACUAA